UGGAUACCUUACUGAUAAAAGAUUGGUAUAAACAUGUAACGUUUUUCUUAUUUUUAUAAAUAAGUUUAUUGUGUUGGAUGGGGCGAAAAGCAAGGCUGUCCUUCGGUUUUCUGUUUUCAUCGUUUCGUAGAAGGGGAAGCUCCCAACAGGAGCCAAGCGCGAAAGCUCAUUCAUACAGCGAAAAGCUUUCGUAGUAACUUGUUGUUCGGCAUUGGUGCCUGGUGUGAAAAUGCGAAUCUAUUUGUGCGCCUUUAUAACUGUAUUUACACUAAACGGGCUUUUUACCUUGGAUUUCAGUUAUCAUAAAUACGAGGAAUUGACGAACAUUUUAAAAAAAUUCUCCCAAUCAUAUCCCAAACUCUCUCCAUCGCUGAAAUCCAUUGGUAACUCCAAAGAAGGAAGAAGACUUUGGGUGCUUGAACUAACCGCUGUAAAUAGAUCAGCGGUAGGUGUUCCAAAUGUGAAACUAAUUGGAAAUAUACACGGAAAUGAGGCCGUUGGAAGAGAACUUUUGUUGCAUUUAAUUGAGUACUUGGGGGAGAAUUACGAAUCCGAUCCAACGGUGACGUGGAUUAUGAAAAAUACCAGAAUUUACAUAUUACCAAGCAUGAAUCCCGAUGGAUUUGAAAAGGCGAGUGAAGGCAUGUGCGUCGGCGAACAUGGGAGAUGUAAUGUGCGAAAUAUGGAUCUGAACAGGAAUUUUCCCGAUUUUUACGUCGAAAAUAUGUAUCCAACGCAGCCGGAGUCCGACGCAAUUCAGCGAUGGAUGGAUAAAAUUCCGUUCAUCUUGUCGGCUAGCCUGCAUGGUGGUGCGCUGGUGGCCAAUUAUCCUUUUGAUACCGUCAAGGAGUUGAAAUGGGAGAAAUUGUUGCGGGAAUUAUCUGAGACAGAUGAUCCACUGGAGCAAGAAAGAUUAAGAUACCUUUACAUAGCGUCAUUGCCCACGAAUCCGCCAUCCAUUUCGGCCGAUGACGACGUCUUCGUAGACUUGGCGAAAGUUUACGCGAAUCGACAUCCCAAGAUGCAUUUGGGCUUAGCCUGUCCCGAUGGUGGGAAAAACUUCACGGGGGGAAUCACCAAUGGAGCCGCGUGGUACCCAUUUCAAGGCGGAAUGCAAGAUUUUAAUUAUUUCAAACAUGGAUGCAUGGAGUUGACUUUGGAAAUAUCGUGCUGCAAAUAUCCAUCUGCCAAAGAGUUGCCUCACUUAUGGGAAGAUAAUAGAGAAGCGCUGAUAGAAUACAUAACACAAGCACACCGAGGAGUACGUGGCACUAUUUACGAUAGCCGAAACCAAAAACCGAUAGCAAAGGCACGUUUGAAAGUUAUCGGAAGGGAAAUGACGUUUAAUUCAUCAAAACUGGGAGAAUUCUGGAGAAUCUUGUUACCGGGGAAGUACAGACUGGAGAUCACCGCCACCGGCUAUCACUCCAACAUUGUGCCGUUCGAAGUUAUUGAUCACAAAAACGCUCUUCCACAACCAACCGUCCUAUCCAUUCCAUUGUACCAUUCUUCGCUACCGAAACCGACGCCUCCACCUACAAAACCGACAACCCUGUUUCCUCCGCACUUUUUCACGUCGACGCAUCCCCUCUUGCCCGCGCAAGAUAUAAAAAAUUACAGCAAGGACAUUCGAAGUCAAAAUAUUUACGAUGAUCCCGUAACGCUUCCAAGGCGAAACAGUAUUAAUUCAGUCAGUAUGACUAUUGCGAAUGCAUGGGUGAUAUACACCCUUGUUAUACUAAUGGUUAUGUCUUGAUAUUAUUAACGUCUAAGUAAGCCUGUAAAUUUCGUGUACAUAGCAAUGUAAAUAUUUUUUUCAAUCCAAAGAUUUUAGCACUAAGUCUAUGUAAGUGAUUAAGCCUGUGUCGUUAGGUAUAAGUAUGUAACUGACGUAUAAUUUGCCAGUUUUUCUAAUUUGUAUGACUUGUGAUGUGAUUAUUAGACUAAUUAGUACCUA